AUGCCCCUGCCUCUUUCUGCUCUCAAAGGUGAUCUAAGGUCUAACAUGCAUGAACACGCAGGCCACUAUCUGGGGCUCGAAACAGAACCAGGAAAACAAGCUUCCUCGGACGGAAAAGCCCCUACCAUGUUGCCAAGACCAUCUCAAACUUCGGUCCACCGUCACGGGAUCGCAAGCUUGUUUCCACCCACCAACCACGAGGAGUCCGACUCCGCCAGAGUAAUGAGCGCUUGUUCUGCCCCUAGCACCAUGGACUCAGAAACAGCUGCGAUAGACGCCUCGGAUCCACCGCCUAUCCCACUAGCAUCCCAUAUAGAAAAGCUCCCCCCUCGCCCAGCGCCCACACAAGCGUAUUCCUGGAGAGAACUUUCACCGAACGCUGUGGUAAUAUACACUCGAGAUCCUGCCCAAGCGGACAGAGAACUUUCCAAGCUCAAACCAGGGCCCCUUGGAUUUGACUUGGAAUGGAAACCCAACUACGUGAAAGGGGGAAAGGAGAAUCGAGUGGCUCUCGUCCAGCUCGCCAACGAUGAAAUGAUUCUCCUAAUCCAGGUCAGUGCAAUGCACGCACUGCCGUAUAAGCUGACGGAGAUAUUGGAAGACCCGUCGUACAUCAAGGCAGGUGUCGGAAUACAAGGCGAUGCCCUCAAAUUCUUCAACGACUGGAUGGCGAACGUUAGGAGCGUCGUGGAUCUGUCUCUCCUAGCCAGGAGUGUGGAUAACGCAAGAUGGAAAGGGAAAUAUAACCACCCAAUCGGUCUCGCCCGUUUGGUCGAGGUGUACCACUACCGCCUCCUCGAGAAGGGUAAAAUCAGGCGAACCAACUGGGAGAAAAUCCUUAAUCUGGAAGAACAGUCCUACGCUGCCAACGAUGCUCACGCCGGAUAUACGCUGUACAGGCAUCUCAUGGGGAUGGCAGACCCAGCGAACCCACCGGACACAAGGUUCUAUACAUUUGAUAGCAUUCUGGCCACAUUCUAUGAACCAUCUGGACUACUUUGGCGACCUCAGAACCCGGACUAUGACCCUGGCCCACCGCCUCCGCCUCGAAAGAUUCGGAUUAGGGACGCAGGGGAAGAACGUCCCGAUGGCGAAGCGGAUGACGCGCAAUCCACCACAAACCCUAUGUCCGAGCAGGACCCACCUGCACUGCCUUCCCCACGCGAGACCUCGAUCGCCGCUCUAGCACACGCGACGCGCCAGCGGCAAGUACGAGCUACUGCACCUGAAGGCAUCUCUGGAGACGUUCCCGCUUUCCCUAUACCAUCGUAUCAACCUCAGGUGUCGUAUCAGGCACCAAAUCAUCCCAAACAACAUAGAUUCAACCCUUGGACCAACCACGGCGGCGACCCUGGGUCACAGAGUUACUCAGGCCAGGUCUUAAACAACCCUCCACCAAUCCACCGGCAAGGGGCUAACUCUGCACCGUCACACAGCCAGCGCCCGUUUGGCGACGGGUCCUCGAACAGAAACCACCAUGGUUAUCGCAGGCCUCGACAUGGACAGGACAGCAGCAACAACAGCAACACCAGUCACAAUGGCUCGAAUGGCUCAAAUGGAUAUCGGGGUCGUGGAGGAAGGCGAGGGCCUCACAAUGGACGUGGCCACCACCGACAACAUUCCCAACCACACAAUGCCACUCCUACCGGUGGCGCAAACCCGAGUUCAAGCUCCAGUCACACUGGAAAUACCGCUGCGACUUUGAAUACACAAGACGCCCGCGAUCAGCAACCACAACAUCAGCAUUCACGACCUCGUUAUCGACAUCGCAGAGGAGGCCAUGCAGGCGGACCAGGACCGAGAGAGCCCAGACACCCAGCUCCUGCACCUACGAAUCUUCCGGUUGUCGGACCUCCUACACCUGCAUGA